AUGAAAAUAGAGUCAUUUUUCCAAUGGCGUAAUUUUAUGAAGCCAAAAUUACCUGGUGGAGCUCGUAUUUAUAAUCCUCCCAAAUUUAAUUUAAACGAAUAUGGAUUUAGACGCUUCGCUAGGAAACCUCCAUACUUUAAAUUUAGAAGAUAUCAACAUCCAGUGAUCACUACCAACUACCAACCCCUGCCUAUAAAAUACAACCGAACUAUAUUCAUCAAUUAUUCGUGGGAUCACGCCACUAUUGUUCACCAAUUAAAGGAGGAUAUUGAAAAGGAAUUUAAGGGAAUUAAAGUGGAAACAAUAGGAAAUGAUGAGGGGAUGUUUUCUAUUCAAUCUGAGUCUGGCAAAUUACUUUAUAAACUCGGGAAGGAUAAAAAAUCUACUAUCGUAACGCCUGAAAUUUGCAAUUUAUUGCAUAAUUCAUUGUAA